UUUCUUCUUUUGCCCCGGAGGCGCGGACAGGUACCAGCACCACCAGAGCAUUCCGUCCCGCCCCCGCCUCCACCUCGCCGCGACCACACCUCCUCUCCUCCCCGCCGGCUCCUCCUCCUCGCAUGGCGACAGCCUCUCGUCCCUAGCCCCCCCAGAUCCAGCGGCACGCACCUACACACGCGCAAGGAACCGUAGACGCGCCCCCGCGCCUCCCCUCUCUCCCGUCCUCCGCCACCCAUGGACGCGGGGAAUGGCUGCAGCGCGCGGGCGCUGGCGGCGUGCGUCGUCGGCGGCAUCGUGCUGGGCGCGUCGGUGCUCGCGCUCCACCUCGCGGGCGGGCCCGCCGCCAUCCCGCCCCUGCCCCUGCCGCCGCCCAUCGGCGCGCUUCUCCGUCGCCGCCGCCGCCCCGUGCGCGUCUACAUGGACGGCUGCUUCGACAUGAUGCACUACGGCCACUGCAACGCGCUGCGCCAGGCGCGCGCGCUCGGGGACGAGCUCGUCGUCGGCGUCAUCAGCGACGACGAGAUCAAGGCCAACAAGGGACCCCCCGUCACGCCGCUCCACGAGAGAAUGGUAAUGGUCCGUGCUGUGAAAUGGGUGGAUGAUAUCAUUCCAGAUGCACCUUAUGCCAUAACUGAAGAAUUCAUGAACAAGCUAUUCAAUGAGUACAACAUAGACUACAUUAUCCAUGGAGACGAUCCUUGUUUGCUACCUGAUGGUACUGAUGCCUAUGCUCUUGCCAAAAAGGCUGGUCGAUACAAGCAGAUUAAGAGAACCGAGGGAGUGUCGACAACAGACAUUGUUGGACGGAUGCUUCUUUGUGUUAGAGAGAGAUCAUCUGAUGCACAUAACCACUCGUCACUACAAAGGCAGUUCAGUAGUGGACAUGGUCAGAAAGUUGAUGAUACUGGAUCUGGAACUGGAACAAGAGUAUCUCAUUUUCUUCCCACAUCUAGGCGAAUAGUUCAAUUCUCAAAUAGCAAGGGUCCAGGUCCAGAUUCUCGGAUAGUUUACAUAGAUGGUGCUUUUGAUCUGUUCCAUGCUGGACAUGUCGAGAUCUUACGACUUGCUCGAGAACUUGGAGAUUUUUUGCUUGUGGGGAUUCACACAGAUCAGACCAUAAGUGCAACACGAGGACGGCAUCGCCCAAUCAUGAAUCUCCAUGAGCGAAGUUUGAGUGUUUUGGCUUGUCGUUAUGUUGAUGAGGUGAUCAUUGGUGCUCCAUGGGAUGUUUCAAAAGACAUGAUUACCACGUUCAAUAUCUCUUUAGUCGUUCAUGGAACAAUUGCUGAGAACAUGGACUUCACAGAGGACGAUUUACACCCAUAUGCUGUUCCAAUGGCUAUGGGCAUCUACCGCCGACUGGAGAGCCCCCUGGAUAUCACAACAAGUACAAUCAUCAGGAGGAUUGUUGCGAACCAUGAAGCUUACCAGAAGCGGAAUGAGAAGAAGGAAGCCAGCGAGAAGAAGUACUACGAGGGUAAAAGCUUUGUGAACGGGGAGUGAAGGUCGGAGUAGCAGCAGGGACUGGCAUGGGGAUUGCUGCCUCGUUCAAUUUAGGUCUCCCAGGCUUUUAGCAGAGGCAACAGUUGGUCGAUCUACAGUUGUACCCUUUCUUUUUUCUUUUUUCAUCUUCUUCAGUAAUCUUUGAUGAUCUUGCUGACAUAGCUUAGGAAGCAUAGGAGCAUUUCUCCCCCGUGUCUGCAGCCAAUUUUCCUCACUGUGUUGUAUAUGCGCCUUCCAGCUGUUGUUUCCAGCUGCUGAGCUGCAUUUGAGAUCUAUAGGCUUUUCCACACACACACACAGAGACAUUUUGAAAUUGUGCGCUGCAGUAUGAAGAAGAUCAUGAAUGUUAGCGUGAUUAACUAUU